AUACGUUUACCUUGUUAGCACGCAGAGAAAAAACCCAUAUUUGGCAGCGAGCUCAGACCUCAACUCUCUCCCUCUCAUAUCAGCGAUCAUGGGACUUCUGAGCAUCAUAAGGAAAAUAAAGAGGAAGGAGAAGGAGAUGCGAAUCCUAAUGGUGGGGCUCGAUAACUCGGGGAAGACGACGAUAGUUCUCAGAAUCAAUGGUGAGGACACCAGCAUCAUCAGCCCGACCCUCGGAUUCAACAUCAAAACCAUCAAGUACCAAAAGUAUUCAUUGAACAUAUGGGAUGUUGGUGGGCAGAAGACCAUUAGAUCAUACUGGAGGAAUUACUUUGAGCAGACUGAUGGAUUAGUUUGGGUUGUUGAUAGCUCUGAUGUUCGGAGGCUUGAAGAUUGCAGAAUGGAGCUUGAGAAUCUCCUUAAAGAAGAGAGGUUAUCUGGAGCAUCUUUGUUGGUCUUCGCAAAUAAGCAGGAUAUACAAGGGGCUCUCACACCAGCAGAGAUAACUAAAGUGCUAAAUCUGGAGGCUCUAGACAAAACCAGGCAUUGGAAACUUGUUGGUUGUAGUGCAUACACUGGCGAGGGUUUACUUGAAGGUUUUGAUUGGCUUGUUCAGGACAUUGCUUCUCGGAUUUAUGUACUUGACUGAAUAUUUUUAACUUGUAAAACACUGGUUACAUAAAUUCGUGUUUAAUGAACAUUGUCCUGAGAAUUUGAUGUUUUUGUUUAUAUGGGAAUGUGACAUCUGCUUACUGCUAUUUUCAAGUUCUAAUGUUAGAGGACAUCAAAAUA